AUGGCGAUGGAUGACGCGUACGGCUCGGGCGUCAUGAGUGAGGAAAAGUCGGGUCGUCCUCGAGAGAGCGCGGCGGAGAAGGCGAAGCGCGUGGCGGCAGAGUUAGCGAAGAGAGGCAUCCUAGUCGGCGAUCGCGUGCGCGUGGACGUGCGCGUGGGGGCACCGCUGCCGGCGCGAUCGAAAAAGUUCGCGUCGGACGCCGGCGCGGCGUCGGACGCCGGCGCGACGACGUCGACGUCGACGACGGAUUCGACGGCGACGAAGCGUCGAUUCAUCACGCGGGCGGUGCACGGAUACGUCGUGUGCGUGCGAAACGGCCGCGCGGGGGUGAAACGCACCGGGCGCGGGGACACGGAGACGUCGUUUCCCACGUAUCCGACGGCGUGGUGCACGGCGCUCGACGUCGGCGAGCUUUGGGAGAUGUGCACGGGGCCGCGCAACCUCGCCGGGGUUUCGGGCGCGAGCGACGAGGCGUUGGCGGAGUAUCUCAAGGCCACGGGGCAGUCGAGCGACGAGGAGGAGGAGGAAGAGGCUCGCUCGUGA